UUACAACCUGUCAAAUCCGAGGACAGCUGUGAAACCGUGAACACCGCCUCGCAUAUCACGUAGAAAGAAGAUGCAUUUUUUCAUCCUUCAAUUCACCCAUUGAGGAUUUUGUUAAGACACCUGGAGAAAGAUCCUUUUUCAUAUAAACCGAUAAAAACCUUAGGAAGAAUGAAUUUGUGUUAUCCGUUCAUCACUUCACAUUCUUCCCAGUAACUGUUAACCUGCACUUUGGCAGGCCUAAUCCAGCCCCCCUCUGCCUCACUAACUCUCCGCCACUCACACGCUCCACCAGUGACCCCACCGCUGCUCCUGCAGGCUGGGUACAGAGCUGGUCUGGCCGCGUGCCCCUCCAGCUCUGUGUGUUAGUGUGAGAUGGCGCGGCAGGAAGCAGAGGGUCGCUGCCGCUGUGGACUGUAAUGUCAGAGCCCAGCAGCCCCGGCGAGAGCCAGUGCGGCGCUCCCAGAUUCUUCGUGGGCUGCGCGGAGGAUGAGAGCGAAGGCCUGGACGACUACGCCAGCAUGAGGACAGACAUGGAGCUGUACGAAGACGACCUGGAGGAUGACUCGCCUCCAGAGCGUCAGAUCGUGGUGGGGAUUUGCUGUAUGAUGAAGAAAUCUAAGUCCAAACCCAUGACUCAGAUCUUGGAGCGUCUUUGCAAAUUUGAGUACAUCACAGUGGUCAUCUUUCCAGAGGACGUCAUACUCAAUGAGCCGGUGGAGAAGUGGCCACUCUGUGACUGCCUGAUCUCAUUUCACUCUAAAGGUUUCCCUUUGGAUAAGGCAGUGAGUUACGCAAAGCUCCGCAACCCGCUGCUCAUCAAUGAUCUUAAUAUGCAGUAUUACAUACAGGACAGGAGGGAAGUAUAUCGUAUCCUGCAAGAGGAGGGGAUAGAUCUGCCACGCUAUGCUGUGUUAAAUCGUGACCCUGACAAACCUGAUGAGUGUAACCUGAUUGAGGGAGAAGACCAAGUUGAAGUAAACGGCGAAGUCUUUCUAAAACCCUUUGUAGAGAAGCCAGUUUCUGCUGAGGACCAUAAUGUAUACAUCUACUACCCAACUUCAGCUGGAGGAGGCAGCCAGCGUCUCUUCAGAAAGAUUGGGAGCAGAAGUAGUGUUUACUCUCCAGAGAGCAGUGUGAGGAAGACUGGCUCCUAUAUCUAUGAAGAGUUCAUGCCAACCGAUGGCACAGAUGUGAAGGUGUAUACAGUAGGGCCAGAUUACGCUCACGCAGAAGCUCGUAAGUCCCCUGCUCUUGACGGAAAAGUUGAGCGAGACAGUGAAGGCAAAGAAAUCCGCUACCCAGUCAUGCUCACUGCCAUGGAGAAGCUUGUGGCCCGGAAAGUGUGUCUGGCAUUCAAGCAAACAGUGUGUGGAUUUGACCUCCUUCGAGCCAACGGCCACUCAUAUGUGUGUGAUGUCAACGGAUUUAGCUUUGUGAAAAAUUCCAUGAAAUACUAUGAUGACUGUGCUAAGAUCCUGGGAAAUAUUGUGAUGAGGGAGCUGGCUCCUCAGUUCCAGAUCCCCUGGUCUAUACCUACAGAGGCUGAGGACAUUCCUAUUGUACCCACUACAUCAGGGACCAUGAUGGAGCUGCGCUGUGUGAUUGCUGUGAUCCGUCAUGGAGAUCGUACACCAAAGCAGAAGAUGAAGAUGGAAGUGCGGAAUCCCAUGUUUUUUGAGCUUUUUGAAAAAUACGGUGGGUAUAAAACAGGCAAGCUGAAGCUAAAGAAACCCAAACAACUGCAGGAAGUUCUGGACAUUACCAGGACACUCUUGGCUGACAUAGGACAGCAUACUGACUGUGAAAUUGAGGAGAAGAAGUCAAAGCUUGAACAACUAAAGACUGUUUUAGAAAUGUAUGGCCAUUUCUCUGGAAUCAAUAGGAAAGUGCAGCUAACCUACCUUCCUCAUGGACAGCCCAAAACAUCCAGUGAGGAGGAAGAUACUCGUAAGGAGGGCCCCUCUAUACUGCUGGUGCUGAAGUGGGGGGGAGAGCUGACACCAGCUGGCAGAGUUCAGGCUGAAGAACUCGGCAGGGCUUUUCGCUGCAUGUAUCCUGGAGGUCAAGGGGAUUACGCUGGCUUUCCAGGCUGCGGUCUGCUCAGGCUACACAGCACCUACCGGCAUGACCUCAAGAUCUAUGCCUCUGAUGAGGGCAGGGUGCAAAUGACUGCUGCUGCCUUUGCAAAGGGUCUCUUGGCACUGGAAGGAGAACUGACACCGAUCCUGGUCCAGAUGGUAAAGAGCGCAAAUAUGAACGGCCUGCUGGAUAACGAUAUCGAAUCCCUCAGCGGCUGUCAGCAGAGGGUUAAGGCCAGACUUCAUGAGAUCAUGCAGAAAGACGAAAUCUUCACAGAAGAAGACUUUGACAGGCUGGCUCCAACAUGUAGCAGCUCUCUGGUGAACUCUAUGAAGGCUGUGGAGAAUCCAGUAAGUAUGUGCGAUCAGGUCUACACCCUUGUCCAGAGCCUCACCUCACAGAUCCGCAAAAGACUUGAAGACCCCAAAUCAGCAGAUUUACAGCUGUACCACAGCGAGACACUGGAGAUGAUGCUGCAGCGCUGGUCCAAGUUGGAAAGAGACUUUCGCAUGAAGAGUGGUCGCUACGACAUCAGCAAGAUUCCUGACAUUUAUGACUGUGUUAAGUAUGAUGUGCAACACAACAGCUCUCUGGGCCUGGAGGACACAUUAGAACUCUUCAAGCUCUCUAGAGCACUAGCCAACAUUGUCAUACCACAGGAGUAUGGCAUUAAUAAGGUGGAGAAGCUGGAUAUUGCGUAUGCCUACUGUCUGCCUUUGGUGAGGAAGAUUCAGCUUGACCUUCAAAGGACACAUGAGGAUGAGUCUGUAAACAAGCUACAUCCACUAUAUUCACGUGGAGUGCUGUCACCAGGCAGGCAUGUCAGAACUCGGUUGUAUUUCACGAGUGAGAGUCACGUCCACUCCCUGCUUAGCAUCUUCCGUUAUGGUGGCCUAUUGGAUGAGGAGAAGGACCAGCAAUGGAAGAGAGCCAUGGAUUAUCUGAGUGCAGUGUCUGAGCUCAACUACAUGACCCAGAUUGUCAUCAUGCUCUAUGAAGAUAACAAUAAGGACCCAUCCUCUGAAGAGCGCUUCCAUGUGGAACUGCAUUUCAGCCCUGGGGUCAAAGUAUCUGAGGAGGAAAGCGCUCCUAUGGGCUUUGGCUUCCGACCAGCCUCUGCUGAAAAUGACCAGAAGCAAACAGACCCUGGUAGUUUGGAAAAUCUGGUACGGGAUGAGCCUGACCGCGCUUUGCCCCUUUCAGAGGCCAUCAGCACCCAGAGGAAAUCCCCUCUGAUCCGGAAUCGCAAGACUGGCUCCAUGGAGGUCCUGUCAGAAAGCUCGUCCUCUAAAGGAGGCAGCUAUCGCCUCUUCCCCUCCUGCUCACGUCAGUCUCCAGAGAUGAAGCAGAGCGGAUUAGGCUCUCAGUGCGCUGGUCUCUUCAGCACCACCGUCCUGGGGGGCUCCUCUAGUGCCCCCAACCUUCAGGACUACGCACGCACACACCGCAAAAAAUUCUCCUCGGGCAGUUUGACCUAUAAAGACGAACCCCUGGAAGAGCACCAGGUAGCCCAGCUGCUGAGGCGCUUUUCCACCGACCCCAAUAUUGGCCACCCGUUCUGUUUGGACAGUGCUUUUGCCCACCACCUCCAUCAGUGCUCCUACCAUCUCCGCCUCUUCCGCAACUGGUUAAUCUCUGGCCAGGACCCACUAGAAUACCUCUACGGUUUUGAAGGCUGCUCCAUGGUGCCCUCCAUCUACCCCCUCGAGACCCUCCACAACUCACUCUCACUCAAACAAGUCAACGAGUUCCUGACAACAGUGUGUGAGAAUGCAGGAGAUUCCCACACCAGGACAACUAGAGCCCUCUCAGCCAUGUUUGACUCCCAUAACCAGCCCACAGGGGACUCUUACAUCCCUCAUAGAGUGCUGUCCUCCUCUGUUUCAAUGCGCCAGCGCUCUGAUCGGCCACCCUGGUACAGCAGUGGUCCCUCCAGUACGGUGUCAAGUGCCGGCCCCUCGUCUCCCACCACGGCUGACACCUCCCCACGCUUCAGCUUCAGUGAGAAGAUCACCCUCACGCCGCAGAGCAGCGAGGAGAUCCACUCGGCCCCUCACAACAACAGCCACUGCGUGUCCUCCACGUCUGCACUCAGCAGCACUGAAACCAGCCUCCCCUCUGAGGACCCCCACCCCUCCAUACCAUCCCCCAUCCUGGAGAGACCCAAUGAAAUAGCAGUGGACGAAACAGACUCUGCAGGCCAGUGUCCAACAGAAAGCCCCUGCUGUGAAGAAGCGCUAAGUCCGGCCCCCACUGAGCCCUCGCACUUGGCCGAGAGUCCUCCAACGGAGUCCUUCUGUGGGCUGUCCAGCUCUCUGCCUGUGCUCCUGGAGCUUAGAGAGAGCAGCUCAGAGGCCGGCUCCAGCGCCCAGACCCCGCUCACCCCUGAGGAGCCAGACGAGUUCUUUGAUACACAGGAAACGGUUGAUGUGUGGAGGGGAAGCCCUGGGACUCUUCCCCACCCUGGCACUCCUCUAGAGGUGGGAGCUCCACAUGUGCCUGAGCCUUGAAGGUAACGCAGAAUGGACAGCUCCCUCAUACGUGUGUGCUUCACCCUGUCUCAGCAUGCUCUCGCUGUAGUGCCUCAGACCUUCGUAAAGUCCCACACAAGUGGGAUUUGCCUACAUAAUUUAAGGGAAGCUGAGGAAAUGGAGGCCUUCUGUGCGACUGUCACUUGUUAAACACAAAGCUCCUGUUGAAAAUCUUAAUAAACUCUCCGUGUGUUUAAUUCUGUAGUGUCGUUCAGAGAUGCUUCCUGUGUAACGCGUCACUCUAGUCAAACGGCCAGUGAUCAAAACAUGCACUGAAACAUUUUUACGUGCGCAUAUUAUCUUCCCCGACUCCAAACGACUGCAUUUUUCUUCAUUAGCUGGUCUGGAAGAUAUUUUUCAAAGGGACGUGAUAUUUGAUAUUAGUCAAGCUGAACUCUUGAAUAAUGAACUUACAUAGCUAAAUGCAUAUUAAAGGGACAGUUACUUAAAAUUUUUAAAUUUGCAAUCAUGUACCUCAACCUCAUGUCAUUCCAAACCCAUAAGACUUUCGUUUGUCUUUAAAACACAAAGAAGAUGUUUUUAAUGAAACCUGGGAGAUUUCUGUCUCUCUGUGGAAAGUUUGUUCAACCAAAGCUUUGCUGCUUCAAAAUAUUCAUAAAAAUAUAGUAAUUCAUAUAAAUUGAAUGGUGUAAUCCAAAUCCUCUGAAGAGACAUGACCACUUUAUAUUUAGGCUUUUAUUCACAUACAGUUGAGGUCAAAAGUUUACAUACACCUUGGACAAUCUGCAAAAAGUUAAUUCAUUUACCAAAAUAAGAGGGAUUAUACAAAAUGCAUGUUCUUUUUUAUACAUCAAAUGUGGUAAAUGAAAGCUCACUUUCAACAAAUCACUUAGGUUUCAUUCAGAAUAUCUAAUUGUGUUUCGAAGAUGAACUAGAAAGUCUUAUGGGUGUGAAACAACAUGAGUGUAGGUAAAUGAUGAACAAAUUUUUUUUUAGAGUGAAGUGUCCCUUUAAGUGAACGCUAACCAUUUUAUUACUCUUUGCCAAAGCUUGCUAUACCACUGUCAUAAUUUAUUAAAUCAUUAUAAGAAAUAUAAGAAGAUCAUAUGUAGGCUAUAUAUAUAUAUAUAUAUUUAUUGACUAAUAUGCAGCUUACUUUUAACAAUGAGACUGCAAAUGAGUCUCAUUUUUUAUAUUUUAGUUUUUAUUUUUGUAAAACAUACAGUGCUGUCACGGUUUUAAAUAAUGAAGUAGUGCUCUUCAUUUCAAGUACAUUUCUCCUGCUUUGUACCGCUCACCUUUUUGACAUUGAAAUACUUUUUUGUACCAUGAACCCUUCUGUUUUAAAUGAAGAGUGCAGUGUGACAAACAUGUUUCUUUUUUUUUAGUGUACAGUGAAAGAGAGAGAGAGAUGCUGCUUUUUAAAAGCAAACACUGUACUGUUUAUGAUCUAUACCUGAUCAGUAAAAAACUGACGUAAACCCUGGAUAGUGGCCGUUGUUUACGGAGCAUGCAUAAAGUGUGUAUAAAAGUAACUGACUCUCACUGAUGUAGGACCAGCACACAAGACCUCUAGAAUCUAGAGACGAGCAUUUCACUUCCUCCCUCCAGCAGCAGCAGCGUCUGAAUGAUUCCACUCCGCUCGGAGUACAGUGAAGCACACUGAUUCUGAAAUCACUGACAUAUUAAAGCAUCUGCCUCUGAUAGAUUCAACUCAAACGUGUCGUACUGUUGGUGCUGUAUGCCGUCUGUGCAGUAGUAUUAUUUUGAUUUACAGUGUUUCAAAUAAAAGUGGCAUUGUCUA